CGCAGGGGGCGAGGCGGCGUGGGAGGCGCUUCCCGCCAUGCCGGCCUGCGUGGUGCUGGUGGCGGUGGGGCUGCUCUGCGGGGCCUCGGUGGCGCUGGAGCCGCUGAGCGUGGGCCUGGCCAUCGGGGCGGCCUCGGCCUUGACCGGCUUCCUCUCCUCGCCCCGCUUCUACUGCCGCUUCGUCGAGUGCUGCCCGGCCGACAAGGACGGGCCCAACGCCACCGCCCUGCAUCUGGCCCUGGAGAAGAGGCUCUUUGGGCAGCACCUGGCCUCGGAGGUGGUGCUGAAGGCCGUCUCGGGCUUUGUCCAGAACCCGGAGCCCAAGAAGCCCCUGGCGCUCUCCCUCCACGGCUGGGCCGGCACCGGGAAGAACCUGCUCAGCCAGAUCCUGGCCGAAAACCUCCACCCGCGCGGCCUGCGCAGCGCCUUCGUCCACCUCUUCCUGGCCACCCUCCACUUCCCCCACCAGCACCACGUCAAGCUCUACAAGGACCAGUUGCAGCGGUGGAUCCGGGGCAACGUCAGCGCCUGCGCAAGGUCUGUCUUCAUCUUCGAUGAAAUGGACAAGCUCCACCCGGGGCUCAUCGACGCCAUCAAGCCCUUCCUCGACUAUUACGACAACAUCGACGGCGUCUCCUACCGGAAGGCCAUCUUCCUCUUCCUCAGCAACGCAGGGGGGGACCUCAUCACCAAAGUGGCCCUCGACUUCUGGCGGAGAGGCGAAGAGAGAGAAAAGAUCCAGCUCAGAGACCUGGAGCCCGUGCUAUCCGUUGGCGUCUUCAACAACAAGAACAGCGGUCUCUGGCACAGCAGCCUCAUCGACCGGAACCUCAUCGACUACUUCGUGCCCUUCCUGCCUUUGGAAUACAAACACGUCAAGAUGUGUAUCCGGGCGGAGAUGGCCUCUCGCGGCAACCGGGUCGACGAGGAGGUCGUCCGAAUGGUCGCCGACGAGAUGACCUUCUUCCCCAAAGACGAGCGGAUCUUCUCCGACAAGGGCUGCAAGACGGUGCAGACCAAGCUGGACUUCUACUGAAGGCAGAUUUCAGGAUUUCUCAAAAAAGGACGCACUUUCGGAUCUAAGAGUAUUUAACGGAGAGGAACUUCCGGACUUUUUGUAGGAACUGGUGGGUUUUGUUACAGUCGCCCCUUCAUCUCAAAUGUGGUUGUCCAUGCUAUAGAAAUCCUUGGUAAACAUUAAGACAAUCAAAAGGAUGUCUAGAUCAGCGGGACUACGAAUGCCAGCAGGUUUAUCCAGCUCACCCAGUGGCAAAGAAUGCUGGGAGUUGGAGUCCAAUGACUUCUGUAUUGCAAGAUCUGGCUGGGAUCAAAAAAGACUGAUAAAUCAGUGGGACUACAUGUCCCAGCAGGCUUACCCAGCUCAAUCAAUACCGAGGCAUAAUAAUAAUAAUAAUUAUUAUUAUUAUUAUUUAUCUCUCCCGGAAGAGACUCAGGGCGGUUUCCAAAGUACAGUAGAGUCUUACUUAUCCAAGCCUCGCUUAUCCAAGCUUCUAGAUUAUCCAAGCCAUUUUUGUAGUCAAUGUUUUCAAUAUAUCAUGAUAUUUUGGUGCUAAAUUCGUAAAUACAGUAAUUACAACAUAACAUUACUGUGUAUUGAACUACUUUUUCUGUCAAAUUUGUUGUAUAACAUGAUGUUUUGGUGCUUAAUUUGUAAAAUCAUAACCUAAUUUGAUGUUGAAUAGGCUUUUCCUUAAUGCCUCCUUAUUAUCCAACAUUCUGCCGGCCCGUUUAUGUUGGAUAAGCAAGACUCUAUAACAAAAAUGGCAAACAUUCAAUGCCAAGAGCAAACAAACAAUAACCAAGACAAAACAUAAUAAACUACAGUAGAGUCUCGCUUAUCCAACAUAAACAAACCAGUAGAACGUUGGAUAAGCGAAAAUGUUGGAUAAUAAGGAGGGAUUAAGGAAAAGCCUAUUAAACAUCAAAUUACAUUAUGAUUUUACAAAUUAAGCAGCAAAACAUGUUUUACAAUAAAUCGACAGAAAAUGCAGUUCAAUAUAUGGUAAUGUUAUGUAGUAAUUACUGUAUUUACAAAUUUACCACCAAAAUAUCGCAAAAUAUUGAAAACAUUAACUUCAAAAACAUUGACUACUAAAAGGCAGACUGCAGAUAAUCCAGAACAUUGGAUAAGCGAGACUCUACUGUAAAUAUCACUUAUAAACAACCAAACUUAACCAAAGAUAAACUAAAUAAACAUAAUCUAACACAAAGGGUCAGACCAAUUAAAAUAUAAUACAUUAAUAGCAUAAUAUAGUGUAUCACAUGCUGGGAGCUGGAUGCAAUAGCCUCUGGAUAAAAAUAUAUAUAUAUUUUAGUUCUGAAUCCUGUUAGCCUUUCAGGGCUAUUUGACCCAAAAUCUCACCAUACUAUGUCAUAGAUUUAUCCCAGAGUCGCUGGUACAGUAGAGUCUCACUUACCCAACAUAAACAGGCCGGCGGAACGUUGGAUAAGUGAAUAUGUUGGAUAAUAAGGAGGGCUUAAGGAAAAGCCUAUUACACAUCGAAUUAGGUUAUGAUUUUACAAAUUAAGCACCAAAACAUCAUGUUUAACUACAAAUUCGACAAAGUAGUUCAAAACGCAGUAAUGCUAUGUAGUAAUUACUGUAUUUAUGAAUUUAGCACCAAAAUAUCACGAUGUAUUGAAAACAUUGACUACAAAAAUUGACUACAAAUAAAGAUAGAAUUGCAUAAAAUGAAAUUAUAGUAGCAUCAUUGUUAGAAAUUAAAUCCAUAAAAAGUUCAAUCCUUGUUGCCUAGAGUGAGUUUUGGAUCAGGGCAGGAGGCAAACUGCGCUGGAUAAUCCAGAACGUUUGAUAAUCCAGAAUGUUGGAUAAGUGGAUGUUGGAUAAGUGAGACUACUGUAUUUGAGAACAGGAAUGAUAAGGUGUUGGGCCUCAAAACUCCUUCCCAGUGCUAAAAUCUAUUUUAUGGCAAGGUUUCAUGAACAGAGCCUGUUACAUUGAACUGUUUAGAGCCAAUAAGUUUCUUUUUUGCUGCGAGAAUGUGACUGUGAACGCAUUUGUGUCAAAAAUGCUUUAAAGAGGGGUAUUUUUAUUGGAAAAAAGGUCAUUUCAUUUGUCUUGUUGCAUUUUUCAUCCCUUGUGUUGUCGCAAUGGGUUUGAAUGUGAGAAACGUUCUUGGAUUGUCUUCGGGUGGCUGCAAUAAAAGGAAUAUAUGUCUCUUU